UGUGAGGAGUCUCCCGCCCUCCUUGUCUGUCUCUGGGUCUCUGUCUGUUUGCAAGCCUGCGCUUCUCACCCAGGUGAGACAUUUGUGGAGUGCCUCAAUGGAACCGCGACCCCCCACCGAGAAGAUGACAGAGCCCACACCGCCAGACUCCACCACUGUCCCGGACCCGGCUGUAGUUGUGGACCCCACGGUGGUAAACGGACGGUGCGAGCAGGCGGACUCUCUACAGCAGCAGCCCAACACAGAAAAUCACGCAGAGGGCUUUAAGAUGGACCAAGAGAUGAAGAUAACUGACAGCAUAGAGGACAGAGGUCUCCUGGAGAGCAGUAUGCGUCUGAAGCCUCACGAAGCACAGAGUUACCGCAAGAAGGCUCUGUGGGUGUCCUGGGCGUCCAUCGUGGUCACCAUCAUCCUGGCCAUUACUGCGUUCACGGUUUCCAUCAUGCGCCACAGUGCUUCAGCUUUUGGAUUUGCCUUUGACGCCACGCUGGAUGUGUUGUCAUCUGUGAUUGUAUUGUGGCGAUACAGCAACGCCGCAGCUGUCCACUCAGCGCACCGCGAGUACAUAGCUUGUGUUAUCCUGGGUGUGGUUUUCAUCCUGUCCUCCUUAUGCAUUAUGGGUAAAGCCAUCCACGAUCUGGCCACCAAACUGCUACCAGAAGUGGAUGACUUCCUGUUCAGCGUGUCCAUUGUCAGCGGUUUGAUGUGCAUCACAUUGGCUGUAAUCAAGUUCAUGCUCGGCAAAGUACUGACAAGCCGAGCUCUCCUCACUGAUGGAUUCAACUCACUGCUGGGGGGGAUCAUGGGCUUCUCCAUCCUGAUCAGUGCUGAAGUCUACAAGCACGAGCCCAAGGUGUGGUACCUAGAUGGAACAAUAGGUGUCCUGAUAGGUCUGAUCAUCCUCGCCUAUGGAGUUAGACUGCUCCUGGACAUGGUCCCCCGCGUCCGACAAACCAGGAACUACGAGCGCUUUGAGUGACGGAUCACAGAGGGCGGGUUUGGGAGUGACUGGCAGGAUGGGGACUGUAGAGGCCCUCUACAGACAAUCACAAUCAGUCCUCGCGGUGCCAGUGAAGGCGUCUGUGCAGUCCUCCCAUUCAGAGCUGGAGUGGAAGAUGGCGUCAGUGGCAUAUUUUUAAUGUUUUACAGUUUAAUGUACAUAUGACAUGUUCACCUGUUUUUCAGAAAAAGGCGCAGUCUGCUUUUUCAUGCCUCCAUAUUUAAAGAAGGUAACAGAGAUAAGACUGUGGGGGAGGGGGUUAAUGUAAUCUUUCAAAGGUUGUACACAGCUCAGACUGCAGUGUUAUGGAUGUUCAAUACCUCAGUUACAUGUCAUCACCCCGUCACGACAGAGCAGCUUGUUUUUCCCAUGGUUCCACGAGGCCUUUGCUCAGCUGUGCUAUAAAGCUUUGCAGCACAGCAGGUUAGAGUGAUUGAUGCAGCUGAUGUAGCGGUGGAGUAUUAAUGGUGUUUACCUUUUUAUGACUAGAGAGAAGAUAAAUAUCAAUAAAAAGUCCAUUUGGCACAAGGAGCAGGUACAUAAGCACACACACGACAGGCUCAGUGACGUGUGAUUAGCCGUUUAUAAUAUUUAUCCAGACUGCUGCAGCAACGUCCUUUUAGUGCCAGCUUACAAUCCUGGAGCAAAAAAAUAAUCUUUUUUGGCAUUGAGUCGCACAAAGGGUCGGGACCUGACUCUGUUCAACUGUAACUCUAACAGAAGGAAAACAAAACGGCUGCGCUGCCUCCCAGGAAAAGCAUUUAUACAAUUAACUUGCGCCAUCUACUGACCAAAAGAGGAGACUACAAAAUGUAGGUCAUUACAUGAGAACGGUUAUCUAAUAUGCAGUUGUGCUCAGAAGUUUACACACAGUCAUCAUGGGUCUGUCAUGGUAAUUUGGCAUUUUAAACCAGGGUGGAAUGAUUGCUCAGGAUACAUGUGCAAUAAUUAAACAACAAAAACAAGAACUGGCUGCAGAGGUUUCAGUAUAUUUCAGAUUUUCUUUACUCCACGCAGGGUCAAAAGUCUACAGAGGAUCAAAUAUAAAGUUGCACCUCGAGCAGCAGAAUUUGAAUUUAUACUAUUAUUUUAUCCGCUUUGUGCAGUGCACGUGUAUCUCAGUAAAACAGCAUGAGAGCAUGAUGCUACCACCACCAUGGUUGACAGUGGGUACAGUGUUCUUCGGUUUGAAAGCCUCACCUCUACUCCUCCAAACAUACAUCUUGUCAUUGUGGCCAAACAGCUCAAUCUGUGUCUCGUCUGACCAUAAAAUAUUCCUCCAGGAUGUAUUUGGCUCGUCCGUGUUGGCAGUUACACAUUUCAGUUGUGCUUGAAGGUGUCGACUUUUUAGCAGGAGGUUCUUUCUUGGUUCAGUGAUUCUUAACAUCUCAACCAAUUUCCUCUUUCCCGAGGGUAAGAGUUGGGGUUUCCUUCCAGACCUUGGAAAAGUGGUGACACGUCUGAAUAACUACGUGAAUAACUAUGAUUCUUUGAACCGAUGAUCUUGGCGUCUGGAGUUGUUUAGAAAUGCCUCCGAGAGACCAUCCCAACUUGUGUAAAUCUACAUAAACUUCUGACCACCAACUGUAGCUGAGUGUUUGAAGCCUGACCCCGAGACAAAAUUCGGCACAUGAGACGCAUGUAAAGGUCAAAGAAAAUGACCGUCACACUAAAUGCUUCCACACUGUUGGCACUGAACUCAAUGCAGAUACAGCUUUCAUACUGACCAGUGACACAAAAACAGAUUUAUGGCUGAAGCUAAAGGCCCCACACGUACACAGGUAUCAGUAAGCUCAGCUUGUUCUUUACCCUGAUGCAGUUUUAGGAGCUGAAGACUAUGAAAGAGUUCCUGACAGAAGCUGUUCACAAACUGUGCGCUGUUUUUAUGAGUGGGCAGCAAGAGCUGAGUUCUUACCUCUGCCAGGGAAGUGAUCUGUGUCAGUUUGUCUGUUAACAGGGCUGGUCCAAAAGCUGCAGAGAGGUUUUCAGGAACAUGUAAUCAGAAGGUGAUUGUAGCGCAGUGUGCAGGUUUUUAACUGUCAGAGGUAAUUGGAUGGAUUCUUCAGAUACUUCGCAAAGCCGAGCAUUAUAAGAUCGGAAAACCUAAGAGAACAUGAACCAAACAUGGAUUUUUCCUCCUGGGUUCAGUUCAUGCAUGCUCUCUGCUCUUAUGUUUGUAACAUUGUCAUGUCAGCGCUCUGAUGAGCCAACCUGUGCAUGAAGUAGGAGUUCUGUUGGUUUGGGCCACAGUUGUGUUUUUGCACGUUAAUGUGAGCAGGUAUGUAAAAACACACACAAACAGACAUCAGUGUACACGUGGACAAUGAAUCUCAGUAUUUGUCAAAUGUGCGUGUUACAAACAGACUAGACCUUUAGAGAUGUGUGAGGUUACUGCUGCUGGAGGAGCAAAUCUUAGAAACUGUGAAGUUCUUUAAAAGAAUCGGAGGUUGAGCUGGUUCAGGUUUGAGUUUAUCCAGGUAACUCCAGGGUUAACCUGACUUUUCUGUAUUACAAAGGUGGUUUACUUCUUACUGGGAUAACUUAUGCUGCAGACCUAACGUGCUCUGGAGCUGCAAGUAUGAAAUCACUACUCCCUGACAAUCGGCUGGAAAAUAGCGUCACCAUUCCUGGAGCAUCCCUGGGACUGCAGUGCAUGGACAGUAAUGGAAAAGUCUUUUAAGAGCAUCUAAAGUCUUUGCGUUUUCCUGAAGGACAUCAGUAAUAAAUGUAGAUUUGUAGACAGAACUUUAGUUGUUGAUUUUUCAGUUUUAUUGAGCUAUAAGGAUUUAUAUAAGAUUCUAAAAUCAUCACAUACACCAAGUCUACAUUUGUAUUCUGCUUUUUAUAUUUAUCCUUAACCAUAAACAGAGCGUGGCUGAAAUAAUAAACUUACAAAAUGAAUUUAUUGAAGUAACAAUUAUAAUCUGUCUGAUUCUCCUGUAUGUGCUUCCUUUGGAGACUUCUUUAGUGUUAUCGUAGUUGGUGCAACCACCUCCUCUGACACAAAAGCAGCUGGAUUAUUAGUCUAUUAAUCACAGACUCGAGUGGGUUUUGUUUCGUGUCGACUGGAAAAUCAACAGCUUCUGUUCCAUGUUUGUUUGCAUUCAUCCUAAAUGGAUCUAACGGGUUGCUGCUCUCUGUGAGUUUGAGGUGCUGAACUUUGGACAGCAGCCGGUGGGUUCACGUGUUUCCUGUGUUUAAGAGGAGGACUCUAGCACCAGUGUGGAAAUGAGGAGCACGACUGGGAGUAGUUACUGGGGUCAGUUAGGGCCUUUGUAGCAGCUCUCCUUGUUACCACCUUUACACACGUGUUUGUUACCUGCUAGCUGGUGAAAUGAAAACAGUGUCUGUACUGAACUCAGAGCUCACAGUCCUACAGACAUACACUGUAGAGGCUGCCAUACGGUUUUGGGUCAAUGGCGACACCCCAACAGGGAAAUAUUUUAAUGAAAUUCAAUGCAGUGAUGAUUGUGGACAUUAAAUGAGUCGCUGUUUAUCAGGAGUCAACGUGUUUCCUCUCAUAUGUGAAGCUGCUGUUUAGAAGGGUCGCAGCUACAUUUUCAGGCAGAAACCUGCUAGUUUCAGUAACAGUGCAGUCAUACAGCUGACUCGUGUUAAUCACUAGCUCAUUCAUUCCUGCCUGAAAACCUUUUGUCAAUCAGCUGUGAUGGCGGCACGUCCUUUUUGGUUUUAAUUUAAAGAAGCUUUCACUUUCUAGCUGUCCUCCUCCUCCUCAUCGUCGUAUUGAAGGACUUACUUUGUACAAUAGAGCUCCUCUCUAUCCCAAAGCCUUAAUUUUGCUCAUAGGUGUUUGUGCUACUUGAUCAGGGUUUUUUUUGUUAGUUUUCAUAUCUCCCACAUUUUCCUCAGUCUGUGCUUUCUGCUGUGACCGUAACUGAAUGUACACGCUGUGCUGUGAUACUAGUUUUUAUGAAAAAUCUGUGACUGUGCUGUUUGGUUUUAUUUAUUUAAAUACAAAUAAGGGAUCAAUUCUGUUCCUGAGCUUGUGGAGAUACAUGUGUGCCUAAAAUCGGUGUGAGAAACAAAACAUGCAGAUAACAGAAAAUUAUUUUGGAAGGCCAAAAUAUUAAGAAAAGAUCACAACAAAAAUACAAACAGCUUGUAAUCACUAAUUUCCUGUCUUCGACAUGUCGUAAACACCGAGAGACACAUUUAACUCCAUAUCAGCUCGGUUUUCUUAAAC